UUACAUGUCAGCAGGGAUGAAUUCACCUGACUUUUUUGUUCAUUUGGAGAAGCGCUUUUAAAAUACAAAAUACCAGCUGUUGCGGAUUUUUGUGAGUUGAAUAAUUCUGUGUUUUUACAGUUUGCUUUCCAGGCACGCAUAUAUUAUUUUCAGUCUUUGCGUGAUUUUUUUUUUUUUUUUUUUUUUGUAACAUCCUGGCCACCAGUGGACCUGUUGUGAAAUGUGAUGAGCCACGCUUGAAUGCAGCUUGAACAGCCUACAAUUUGUUCGGACUUAUUGGAAUGAGAGAGCAGCGGGGCUGAUCACACUCUUUUCUUUUGGAGAAGAACUUAAAAGUCCUCUUUAUGGAGUUUCAAAAUGACAUAUUCUAACUUGAUGAACGAAAGCGAUGGGAUCUAUUUUGCCGAAACUUUUAAUUUAUCUCUUCUGGAGCAAAUAUUUCCAAACAGCAGCAACACGACCUGCACGAACUUCACGAUGGACUCGCAGGUUGUCGGGGUUGGGGUCUUUCUUAGCGUUUUUAUUUUGGUGGCAAUUGUGGGGAACAUCUUUGUAAUCCUCUCUGUGGUGUGCAAUAAACAUUUGCAGACUGUGACCAACUUUUUCAUCGUCAACUUAGCCAUGGCAGAUUUGUUACUGAGCAUUAUUGUGCUGCCCUUUUCUGCGUCUUUGGAGGUCCUGGGAUGCUGGGUGUUUGGACGGGUGUUUUGUAACAUCUGGGCAGCUGUGGAUGUGCUGUGCUGCACUGCAUCCAUCCUCAGCUUGUGCAUCAUUUCCAUCGACCGGUACAUAGGUGUGAAAUACUGCCUUAAGUACCCCAGCAUUAUGACAGAGAGGAGGGCAGGAGUCAUUUUAGUUAUAGUGUGGUUAUCCUCCAUGGUCAUCUCUGUUGGACCGCUGCUGGGAUGGAAGGAACCGCCGCCUUUGGACGAGAGCAUCUGCAGAAUCACAGAGGAGCCGGGCUACGCUCUCUUCUCCUCACUCUUUUCUUUCUACCUCCCGCUCUUGGUCAUUCUGAUCAUGUAUUUCAGGGUCUAUGUGGUGGCCCGCAGGACUACAAAGAGCCUGGAAGCAGGCGUCAAACGAGAGAGAAGUAAGUCGAUGGAAGUGGUGCUCAGGAUACACUGUCGCAGCGUGCUGGAAGAUGCGCGUCCUGCCAGCGCAAAGAGCAGCAAAACCCACCCGUUCCGAAGUUCUCUGUCAGUGCGUUUGAUGAAGUUCUCCAGGGAGAAAAAGGCUGCUAAAACCCUUGCGAUUGUUGUUGGAAUGUUCAUCGUGUGCUGGCUUCCCUUUUUCUUCUUUCUGCCUCUGGGAUCCUUCUUCCCAGCACUGAAGCCAUCUGAGAGUGUGUUCAAGGUGGUAUUUUGGCUCGGCUACUUUAAUAGCUGCAUCAACCCCAUGAUAUACCCUUGUUCCAGCAAGGAGUUCCAGAGAGCUUUCACUCGUCUCCUUAGAUGCAAGUGCCACCAACGGCAGAGGGUCUUGCGCCGCUUCUAUGACCAGAGAUGGAGGACAGCUGUCAAGGGUAUGACAAGGGACCACAGGGGGGACUACAGGCCCGGCUUUUCCAUGCACGAAACCUGUGGGAACUCUUUGUUAUACAAAGGGAAAGGGCGCUCACUUAGCUUCAAGGGAUGGAGCUUGUUUCCACCACUGCAAAAGUCCUCCUUCCAACUCAAAGAGAAGGUGAACAAUCUGUCAAACAAAAUCAAGGGAGGGACAGGGAAGGCCACCACACCUGCAGUGGGCCGGACUGACAUUGAUACAGUUUCUAUGGGGAUUUACAAUGACUGUGAGCAGAGCAGUUAUCAGUUCUUUGACUUGACAGAAUGCUAUGGCCUGAAAGAGACUGACAUUUAGAUGGCAACUGGUGAAUAUAUGAAUUUGUUUUUUGUUUUUUGUUUUUUCGUUUAUGUGGCCAUGAUGGGCCAACAUAGAGGCAAGACUGUGACCGGGCAUAAUUUUGUGUU